UAAAGAUGGUAACUUCCCAUCCAUUGACUGAGGGAUUCACUGAGUUGGAAGUCUUUGCACUGGGAACUGCUCUGUUACUGGAAGCACUCAUCGGACUAGUCCUGAACGGCAUAACACUUUUGUCCUUUUAUAAGAUAAAGGAAAUCCAGACAUCAAGUAAUCUCCUGGUCGCCAGUUUGGCUGUAUCUGACUCAGGCAUCUGUGUGAAUGCAUUAAUCGCUGCAUUUUCAAGCUUUUUGAGGUACUGGCCUUAUGGAUCUGAGGGAUGCCAGACCCAUGGCUUCCAAGGUUUUCUAACAGCCUUGGCCAGCAUUAAUGGCUGUGCAGCCAUUGCCUGGGACAGAUAUCAUCUAAGCUACAGCAGAUCGAGAUUACAAUGGAGCAACACCAUAUUUGUUAUAUGGUUUAACUGGGCUUUCGCUGGAUUCUGGUCACUUAUGCCAUUGCUGGGCUGGGGUGAAUAUGACUACGAGCCAUUGAGAACCUGCUGCACUUUGGACUACUCGAAAGGCGACAGAAAUUUUAUCUCAUUCUUCAUUCCAUUGGCACUUUUUGAAUUUGGCCUUCCACUUUUCAUCUUGUUGACUUCUUACCAAUCUUGUGCGAAUAAGUUCAGGAAAACUGGACAAACCAAGUUCAAUACAGGACUACCUUUUAAAAUCAUUCUAAUAUGCUGGGGCCCUUACAGCCUCCUUUGCACAUACGCUGUCUUUGAAGAUGUUACCAUCCUAUCUCCUAAAAUUAGAAUGCUUCCUGCCAUUCUUGCAAAGACUUCCCCCAUAGCCAAUGCUCUUGUGUAUGCAUUGGGGAAUCCGAGUUACCGAGGAGGAAUCUGGUCCUUCCUAACAGGACAGAAAAUGGAACCAAUGGAAAUAGAUGGUAAAUCUAAGUAAAUAAAACUAGUUACAAGAUAAUCAAUAGGAAAUGAACAAAAUGCAAAACAAAACGAUCGAGCCAACCUGCAUAUUACAUUAGUUUCUCAGCAUUUUUAUUCUGUAAUGUAUCAGAAUCAAUGACACGUUAUUGAGGGGCCACUUAGUACCUUCAGUACCUAAUAAAGUGGCCACUGAGUGUACACUCGUGGUCUGUGCUGCUGUAGCCCAUCCACUUCAUGCUAAACAACAUGAAUAUGCAUGUGUACCUUUUGGCUCCAACAUUCU